UCGGGCGUUACGGCGUCAGACAACCGGCACUCGAGCGGUCCUUACACGGGAAGGGGAGGAAAACUAGCUACUGUUGUUCACCAGAGGAAUUAUCUAUAGAGUAAGUAUGCUAAUAUUGAAUAAGACAGCAGGAGUUUUUUGUAAACCAUCAAAAAGGAAAAUUUAUGAAUAUUUAAGAAGUUUUAAUUUUCAUCCUGGAAAAGUAUUUCUUCAUAAACUAGUGUUGGGAAUUGAAACCAGUUGUGAUGAUACAGCAGCUGCUGUGGUGGAUGAAACUGGAAAUAUUUUGGGAGAAGCAAUACAUUCUCAAACUGAAGUUCAUUUGAAAACAGGUGGAAUUAUUCCUCCAGUAGCUCAACAGCUUCACAGAGAAAACAUUCAACGAAUAGUACAAGAAGCUCUAUCUGUCAGUCAAGUCAGUCCAAGCGAACUCUCAGCAAUUGCAACUACCAUAAAACCAGGACUUGCUUUAAGCUUGGGAGUGGGCUUAUCAUUUAGCUUACAGCUGGUUGAUCAGUUGAAAAAGCCCUUCAUUCCCAUUCAUCAUAUGGAAGCUCACGCACUUACUAUUAGGUUGACAAAUAAAGUAGAAUUUCCUUUUUUAGUUCUUUUGAUUUCUGGAGGCCAUUGUCUGUUGGCAUUAGUUAGAGGAGUUUCAGAUUUUCUGCUUCUUGGAAAGUCUUUGGACAUAGCACCGGGUGACAUGCUUGACAAGGUAGCAAGAAGACUUUCUUUAAUAAAACAUCCAGAAUGCUCCACCAUGAGUGGUGGGAAGGCUAUAGAACAUUUGGCUAAACAAGGAAAUAAACUGCAUUUUGAUUUCAAACCUCCCAUGCAACGUGCUAAAAAUUGUGAUUUUUCUUUUUCUGGACUUCAACAUGUUAUAGAUAGGACAAUAACGCAAAAGGAAAAAGAGGAAGGUAUUGAGAAGGGGCAACUUCUGUCUUCAGCUGCCGACAUUGCUGCUGCAGUGCAGCACACUACGGCUUGCCACGUUGCAAAAAGAACACAUCGUGCCAUUCUGUUUUGCAAGCAGAGAAACUUGUUAUCUCAAAGUAAUGCAGUACUGGUUGUUUCUGGAGGAGUUGCAAGUAACUUAUAUAUCCGAAAAGCUCUGGAAAUUGUGACAAAUGCAACACAAUGCACUUUAUUGUGUCCUCCUCCCAGACUGUGCACUGACAACGGCAUUAUGAUCGCAUGGAAUGGUAUUGAAAGAUUGCGUGCUGGCUUGGGCAUUUUAUACAACACAGAAGGCAUCCGUUAUGAACCGAAAUGUCCUCUAGGAGUAGAUAUAUCGAAAGAAGUUGGAGAAGCUGCCAUAAAAGUACCACGAUUGAAAAUGAAGAUUUGAUUUUUGCUUUUCGAAAAUUCCUGAAGGUAGUAUUUCAACAGUUGUGAUUUUUUUGUAUAUCAGAUUGUAGGAGAUAUAUAAUAUGUUGACAGAUACUUUCUUUUGUUAUUCCUCUUAUAUUUGAUUUUUAACUUGCUCUUCUGAGAGACUGCAAUAAUAUGUUAUUGUCUUAUAAGAGAAUAUAAAUUUUGAAAUCAAAAACCAAAGUAAAAUGUCUUUUGGGGGAAAGGAUGUACUGAUAUUGGCAGAUAGAAGAAACAAACCUACAGGAAGAAAUACAGUGAUUCUGCUAAAUUCUGGCCCCAUGUUAUACAGGCUGAGAUCUGUCUUCCCCUUUUUCCUAUCAGAGUAGCAGAAGCUAUUUCUUUGGCUUCUGCUGAAAAUUAGCCUGACUUUUCCAAUGAGAGAACAGUUUUAGAACAGGAGCCAGGUCAAAGUUGUGUCAAGUUGUAGAAUUCUAAAUUAAGACAAAAGGUGACAUCUAACGGAAUGUAUGUUAUUAAUUAUGAGAGUUAAAAAAUAAAAAUAUGUUAUAUAUGUAUGUUCUCUGGAGCAAAUGGAAUGUCUGUACAUUUCUUAAAACCCAUUUGGGACUUUAAGAAUAAGAAAUGUGACAUGCAAGUAAUUUCUCAUUGUGUAUUGUACUUUUUAGUUGACCACAUAUAUUUAUAUUCAUUAUUUCAGAAAUGUUAUUUAAUUGGUGAAAAUAGAUGAGAUGAAAAGGGUUUGGUUUUGUUUCUAGGUAAUUUCCCAGAAUCUGAAACUUCAUACUGCAGAUAUCAUAAUAGUUUAUUGCUUUUUUCUGCCUAAAGUAGGUUUGACUCUAAGGACAAUGCCACAGACUGUUUAAUGUCCUUUGAAAGGAUUUACCAGUAGAGAUUUAUAGAAUGUCAUCCACACAAGACAAGUUAACUUUCUAGUUAGUGACUUGCUUUAUUAAGAAACUAGGAGAUAAGGAUACAAAUCUAUAAUAAAAAGAUUUAUUUUAA